GUAAUGUCUCAUUGGGUUUACAAUUUGCCUUUUCUCAGUUGAUUUACCCCCAUGGUUCUCCUCUAUGUCAAUAGCAUUGAAGUCAAGUGUCAACCUUGAUAUUAGAAGUGUUGAAAAAGUUGCUAAAAGUGUGCUGCCGAUGAUAUGUUUCAGAGAAGGCAGCCUCGCAUUGCCAGAUGUCUCAAACACUUCAUUAAAAGCUAUCUUGCAAACAAACAUAAAAUAUUAUUUCUUCGAUAAUUACUAAUUUCAUCAACCCGAAUGACUAGAUGUUUUAAGAGAUAUUCUUAUCUUGCAGAACUAGUUUCACUAUCUAACAGCUCUUUUGAAGGAGCACAAAUACUUCAAAAUUCAGAGCAAUGUUAUCCUGUACCUAGAAAUAUGACAAUGAAGUUGACUAAUGAGCAGAUAUCUGCCACGGUUCUGUAUUUUGGUCUUUUCAAUGGUGUUGGGCCUACAAGAACACAGUCGAAGAUGAUUGUACGAGGUCCUUCUUACUCCUUUGCGGCCAAUAUCACCGUGGAAGGAUGUGCAACCUCAACAAUGCUGGGGCAAUAUUGCAACGAAACUGUUGAACAGCUUUCAUGUGGCCUAUCUCGCAAUAAUUCUGGAAAUGGUUCUGCAUCUGGGUUCUUCAAUCAAAGCAUGGUUUCUUGCAGGAACAAUUUUGAGACCUCUUGCCUUGGAGAUGAAGAAAUAAUGAUAUACACCUUAGAGAUUCUGCGAAUUGCUGAGUUCUUAACCAUUUCAGCUGAAAAUGUUAGGUUAAGACCUUUAAGUAGCACUGGGGAUGUUAGCGGAAUUGACUUGAUAUGCUAUGCUCGCUAUGGUGCAAUGCCUUCAACUACUGUACAUGAUUAUUCUGGUAACUUAAAUACAUCUCCGUUGGUCGUUAACUCACCAAAGGUUGGUCAGUGGUAUAUUUCUAUUAUAGCCCUUAAUCUCUCGAAGGUAUUUGGUGGGUCUCUAAGUAAUGUCUCAAAAGUGUGUUAUUCCCUUGAACUGCAAGUGCUUGAAUGUCCAAUGGGGAAGGCUGGACCAAACCGUUUAUUUGAAAGAUACAUGCUUCAGGUGAGCAUUUUCAAGAAAUGUGUUAUGUGUAGUAGCUAUUGCUUGCUUCUUUAUAAGUUUUGUUGA